AUGCCUCCGAUACCUUCUCAGCGGCGCGCCGUGACCGAAGAGACCUCCUCUCUCUCCGAUGAUGAUGUCGGUUUCCUCUACCAAGUUGUCAGUCGCGCCGAGGGGAAGCCUGAGGUUGAGCAACUCCCAUUCCGAGCGCUUUUCGCGGCAUAUGAUGAGGUUAUUAAGGAACAUGAUUCCAGCGCAGACCCGGGCCAUGCGUGCCUGCGCUUCCUAUUCAAGAUGGGGAGCAAAGGUGUCGAGGGGCCUACGCUUUUCGACAAGUUCGAGAAUGCGCUGCAACAGAUGGGAAUCGUGAUGGACUUUGGAGAGGAUCCCUCAACGGAACUCAACGAAACGCAAGAGAGCGAGCACUAUUCGAUCAACGGCGCGCACACACAACCUACAGAUACCGACCUCUUUCAUACUACAAAUGGAACUCCGAUCACCCCAAGAAGACGUGCAUCCUUCAAUACUACGGUUGAUAUUGGCGAGGAUGCGACACAAAAAAGCUUGAUUGAGCGCCCGAGCUCACGCUCAUCAAUGUCACGCUUGCAAGUUGGGAAACCCGACUUCUCGAAGCCGAAGCUGUCACCAAACCCGAAACUCCCAAACGGCAUACUAAAUUCACCGGAUCGAACACACUUGAUCGCACAGUUCUUAGAUGUUGGGCGCCGAUUGAUAAGUAGACUUGACUCUGUACAACAUAAAGAUGUGGACAAGGAAGGGAAGCCAUUGACCAACGGAGUGGUGGCGCGCUCAGCUGUUGAUCAUGACCGCUCGAAAAGAAUGACAAUUUCCAAAAAGCCCCGACGUUCACACUCGAUCAGCUCUUCCGACAGCUUUGCAUUGGGAGAGUCAAAAUCUGUCUCCUCACAGACUGCGGAGCAUGAUGAUUUCGAAAAAGAAGAGGCAUCACCGGAGCUUCUAUAUCGGCCUCAACUAUCGGAUUUACUUCGGGACGCGUCUACCUUUAACAUGUAUCGACAGCGUGCAAUAUGCCGUCGCAUCCUGACCCAGUGGCUCAAGCGAGCAUUUCGAAAUCGACAGAUCCGUGAAACUAGGGAGACUGUUGCGAUCAAUCGUGACCGAGGUACCCUGCUCCGACAAGCAUUCGAACCUUGGCGCGCAAUUAUUCAAGACAAGCGCCACACCGCCAGGACUGAGCGCUUCUUUAAACAUCUCGAGGAACGUUCUAGCCGUGCUCGUGAUUUGUACCUUAUGACAAAAGCAUUUACCCACUGGGCUCAGCUGACGUCUGAAGAGGUCGCCCGUACGUCCGCUGCUCGACAGCAUGUUCUGAGUGUUAAGUACUUCAAUGCCUGGCGCGAAAUCACCGCAGUCAAUGAGUUGAAAGCACAGCGCUUUGUGCUCCAAAAGCCUUUCAAUAAAUGGCGAAAGAAGAUCUCAGAUAUGAAGGAAGCAGAAUCCCAAGCGGUCACAGUUCACAACACCAAUCUACGAAAUGCCUCGUAUUGGCAAUGGUUUUGGGGUUUCUGUGAACGGCGAGCGCCUGAGUGGUACGACCAUCGUCUUAAACGACGAUCCCUCUUAUACUGGCUUCGGAGUUUCCGGACCAACCGCGAGCGCGACCAUGAAAUCAACAUCCACAACAGACGCUCUGUGCUAGGCUCCGCAUUUCAAGCAUGGUCUCAAAGGUCGAAGGACAUUGUUUUUGCACAACGAAAAGCAGAUGAUUCUCUACAUCUCCAGGCUUUGAGAGAAACAUUUGACGAAUGGAAGAUUCAGGCUCGGCUGGCUCCCCCUGCUUCUCAAGUAUCUGGCAUGGUAUCUGGCAGGAUCCUUCAGAACGCCCUCUCGAAAUGGGUUGCCAAGGCCCGCAUGGCAGACCAGGCAGAGAAGGUGAACCGACUCAGAGCCGAACGCAAUGCAUGGACGUCUUGGAACGAUACCCUCCGCUGUCUAGCGCUUCGUGCCCGAAUUGAUGAGCGGUUGAAAAUGGAGACUUUGUACAAGUGGAUCUUGGCAGAGAGAUUCCAGUUGAUGCGCAGAAUACACGAGCAGCGUAUCAAGCGUGAAGUGUUUACUCGUUUUGUGACUAAUACCCGGGACACAUACACGCGAUUACUAUUCCAUGCGGAGAAUCAUGAAGAGCAUCGGUCAGAAGACUUGGUACGGGCGAAGUUCACUCUCUGGCGGGAGCAAAUUCAACUUCAGCGCGAGCGAGAAUACGCAGCAUUCGAAUUUUACGCUCCACGCCUCAUGCAGGAGUCUGUUAUGGCUUGGAGAUCCAAACACGAGCAAAUAGUCAAAAUGGAGGCAUGGGCUCGCGAUGCGGACUUCUACUUUUUGAUGAAAAAGUCGCUCAAGCAUUGGCAAAAAGCUUCAUUGAAGUCUGCUAAACGUCGACGGCAGGAAGCAUAUGCGAUGAUCCGACGGAAGACCAAAAUCAACCUGGCUUCCAAGGCCAUCUCAACCUGGUCAAGGCAGACACAGAGUAUAUUGAACAUGGAACAACAAGCAGUAGCCAUGGACCGUGAAAAAGUACUCCGCCUUGUCUCCGAACUUUAUGCUCGAUGGCAUGAGAAAACGCUCCAGAGAGCCCAAGAUUGCCAAGAUGCGGACUGGAACUACUUUCGCGAAAUUGCCUUCAACCAGCUAAUCCAAAUGUCCGAGACUUAUGUGAUCCGUCGGGAAAUGGAAGACACUGCAGACUCCAUGUAUCGCUCACAUGUUCUGCGUAACGCGGGUGCUUCACUCCGUAAACUCAGCCUUCGUGUUUUCCAAAUGAGCAACACAGCGGAGACUGCUGAAGCAAUGCGUGAACGAACACUUCGAAGGCACUCAAGAAACCUCUUUCGCGACUGGGUGGAACAAGCCCGACUUAAACUCGAGGCUCGAGAUUCUCCGGGCCCUGCCAUGACUCCCGCUCGAUUUCCGGGCCCUCCUAAUAUGACUCCCGCUCGAUUCUCGAACUUUGGAGGCGCUGAUGGCGGAUCAGCCCUAUUCGAUCCGUGGAUUCAGAAUCCAUCUGAGACCCCCUUCAAGCUUACCGACUUCACGAUGACUUCACAAGAGCCGGCCUCUGCAACCCCACUUACCACACCGAACUACAUGAACUCGCCAUCCAAGCGAGCAGCUCGUGCCCGAGCACUGGCGCAAAUGUCUACCACCCCUGCCACACCUCUUCAUACACCAUUUGCCCAUCGUCUCCUCCGUGCAUCUGCCUCGACCUCCCAAAUAGCAUCUUCCAUGCGACCACGCACAGGUCGCAGAAGCUCGAUGGGCACGAGCGUUCGAUUCGUGGACGACGAGCUCCCCGAGUCUCCCACUGACGGCCGCAAAUCAGCGAACCGACGACUCUAA